AUGGAUGAAACGUCUAAACCUUUCUUCGAGAUGAUCGCGCGCUGCUGGGGUUUACGCUUAGAGGAGCCCUUCAAGAAGUUCAUGGUCUCCGAUAUUUGGGGAGCUGGACAGUCUGCCCAUGUGGAUCACAUAAACCUGGAUGACCUGGAGAGCCGAAACUGGACUUUCCUGGACCUGGGCCUGCAGAGCUCCGAACCGCGCAACCCCAAAAAGGUGGUGCCCACCGUGACGGUCGUGGUCUACUUCAACUCUGUCGGAGGAAUUUGCUUUCCCAAUGCUUCCAAGGAGGUGGGUACCAUUGCGGCCGAGCGCGGUCGGGUGGUGAUGUUCGAGAACUACCUGGAGGACUGCCAGAGGCCUUCGCACAAUCCCGCGGCCGCGCACUACGGCCUCUAUUUCCAGGACAAGCCGAAGCGGAUUCUUGUCAUGGGCAUCCUCGCGAAUCGGACGCCUCAGUUCUCUCCUGGGUCAGAGCCCAAGGCCCUGACGAGGAGUUUGCUCUACUGCGCUGGCACGGAAGCUGACCCUCUCCGCCACGAGCAAGAGGAUUCCCGGGAGUCGGUAAUGCAGCAGUUACAGUGGAAGCCAGAGCCAGUGGAGAAGGAGCCCGUGGAGGAACCACCACUUCAACCAGUUGGGCAAGGGAAGCCCGACAGCUUGGUGGAGGGAGAGGAAGCGGCAAAGGGCUGCUGCUGCUGGCCCUGGCAAACAGCCCGUGAAAGCCCUUAG